UUCUCUUUGAAAAGAUGGAUUUCAUCCCGCUCAAAGAGGAGGCACCCAAAUUGGAAGCCCCUGUCGCCAUGGGCGACACCGAAUUCGAACUCUUGACUGUUAAACCGGAAGACACCAACAAGAUCGAGGUCAUGAUAAGCAAAGAAACCAACCUCUCUGUCACCUCCCACCGCUGCCCUGAAUGUGGGCGGGCCUUCACUCACUCCGGGCACCUCAAAACACACCAGCGCACUCACACUGGAGAGAAACCCUAUCAGUGCAGCGAAUGUGGGAAGAUUUUCACCCAGCUGGGCAACCUCAAAGAACACUGGAGAAUUCACACUGGGGAAACCCCUUACGAGUAUCCAGACUGCGAGAAGUGCUUCACUCACUCCAGAGCCUGAGAACCCACCGGCGCACUCACACAGGAGAGAAACCGUACCCCUGCAGCGAGUGUGAGAAGAGCUUCGGACAACUGGAGCACCUCCAGAAUCACCACCGAGUCCACACCGGAGAGAAACCGUUCUGCUGCUCGGCGUGCGGGAAGAGCUUCAGUCAGCUGGAGAAUCUGAAAACGCAUCAGCGCACUCACACAGGAGAGAAGCCGUUUCAGUGCAGCGAUUGCAGGAAGAGCUUCAGUCAGCUGGAGAAUCUGAAGACGCAUCAGCGCACUCACACAGGAGAGAAGCCGUUUCAGUGCAGCGAUUGCAGGAAGAGCUUCAGCCAGCUGGAGAAUCUGAAGGCGCAUCAGCGCACUCACACAGGAGAGAAGCCGUUUCAGUGCGAGAAGUGUGGGAAGAGUUUCACACGAGCCGGGACCCUGACCAAGCACCGGAGACUUCACACAGGAGAGAAGCCAUAUCGCUGCGGUCACUGCGGGGGCAGAUUCACCUUCAACCAGCUCAAAGCUCAUAGGUGCUAACAGGAAACUGCGUUUCCUACUGGCACCUAGGAAAAUGUUUUUUUUUUCUUGUACAUUUCUUUUCUUUUUUUAUGGUUGUCCAGUGGUUAGAGAAAGGGGCUUGUUACCAGGAGGUUCCCAGUCCAAUCCCAGCUCAGCCACUGACUCACUGUAUGUGUGACCAUGAGCAAGUCCUUCGGAUGAGAUGUAAAAACCGAGGUCCUAUUGGAAGUGACUGUGCAUUAGUAAGACCUCACCUAAAAUAUUAUGUUCAGUUCUGGUCACCUUGUUACAAAUAGGAUAUUGCUGCUCUAGAAAGAGUGCAGAGAGCAGCGACCAGAAUAAUCCCGGGUUUAAAAGGCAUGUCGUAUGAAGACAGGCUAAAAGAAUUGAAUCUAUUCAGUCUUGAACAAAGAAGACUACGCGGCGAUCUGAUUCAAACAUUCAAAAUCCUAAAAGGUAUAGACAAUGUCGACCCAGGGGACUUCUUUGACCUGAAAAAAGAAACAAGGACCAGGGGUCACAAAUGGAGAUUAG